GAAAGUCGUGGGACCGCUCGAUCGAGCAUAGUCGUUGUUUUGGUUCGUGGAGACGGCUUCUUUCCACCUUUUGCGGCACGUGUCCUAUCUGAAUUCGACAUCCAGUAUGGCCGUGACGAAUAACACAAUGGUGGUCGAGGUCCCGGACCAUGUCUCUAAAUUACAAAUGGAUGGGCCCUCCGCAUCAGUGCUCGACAGAGAACGACGGAAAAAGUCGUUCGUGCAGUACCGCUAUAUAUUGAUUGUUCUGGGAUUUUUCGGCCUCGCGUCCGUUUAUGGGAUGCGCGUCAACCUCAAUGUCGCCAUGGUGGCGAUGGUCAAUCAAUCGGCAGUCGUUAAUGAGCAUUUUUCGCAAAGCUGUCCUGCCCCUAUCAGACGCGUAAGCGCGAACUCCACUGUUGCUCAAACAAGGAAGGAAGGCACAUUCGACUGGGAUCCUUACACGCAAGGCCUGAUUUUAGGAGCUUUUUACUACGGUUACAUCAUAACGCCGAUACCGGGAGGACGACUAGCCGAGAAAUACGGAGCGAAAUGGUUAUUCGGUUGUGGAACCCUAAUCACCGGAUUGCUGAGUCUCCUGAUUCCCGUCGCGUCAACUUACGGUGGGGCGGCCGGUCUCAUCACAGUCCGAGUCCUCCAAGGAAUCGGUGAAGGGGUGACAUAUCCCGCAAUCGAAGCUCAGGUCGCGCACUGGAUUCCCGUCAAUCAGAGGGCGACAGCGAUCUCGCUGAUACACACCGGAGGAUUCUUCGGUGUCGCCGUCGGCAUGUACAUAUCGGGAGUUCUGGCAGAUUCGAAUAUUUUCGGGGGUUGGCCGUCGAUCUUCUACUUCUUCGGGAUCUGGACCGCGGGAUGGUUCGUCCUCUGGGCACUGUUCACCUCGAACCGACCCGAAGACCAUCCGUGGGCAUCGCAAGAGGAAAUCGAUUUCAUUCUCAACGAUCUCGGCGACCAGAAACCGACGCAUGCCUCGGUCACGCCUUGGAAGAAGAUAUUCACCUCGCCCGCGGUGUUUGGAGUUGUUUGCGCUCAUUUCGGGACCCAUUGGCUGCAGUACAUUCUCGUGACCGAGUUACCGACGUAUUUAGGGACCGUUUUGAACUUUGACAUCAAGGAGAACGGUCUCUAUUCAGCCUUGCCGUACAUGGGCGCGAUCAUCGCGGGUGCGCUAUCCGGCGUCGUCGCAGACUACAUCCGAGCUAAGAAUUUCUUGUCGGGAACCAACACGCGGAAAGUCUUCAACGGAUUGGCCCACCUGGUUCCUUCGUUGAUGUUGAUAGGCGUUGUUUGGCUGGCGGGAUGCGACGGCAAACUAUCCCUCACUCUUUUCGUGAUCGCGGGAACCGUUCGGGGUCUAUCGGAAGCGGGUUACAUGUCGAUUCCCGUAGACAUGGCUCCCGACUACGCUGGCACAAUCCUCGGUAUCUGUGUCUGCGUAGGAAAUACGACAGGCUUCCUGGUACCCUGGAUCACGGGCGCCUUGAUCCAAAAAGAAAAUUCCACGAGGAUGUGGUCAUACAACUUCUACCUGGCAGGCGUCAUAGGGCUAGUCACCGGUUUCAUGUUCCAAUUGUUUGCCUCAGCCGAGGUUCAAGAAUGGGGCCUCGCGCCGAGAAAUAGCCAUGAUGAUAAGCACAAUCGGACCGGCAAUGAUUCGAGCAGAAGUCAGGAUCAAAAAAUGACCACCAGUGCGGUAUGAACCAUGAGAAAUGUACGUAGGCCCAUGGCUCCCAUCGAGAAAGUCAGUAUGCACCUGAAUCCUGUCCGCGGCGGGAAAGGAUGUUCCUCCAAACAGGACGCGAAGAGUCGCUCCGAUUCCGGCAGGCAUCCCGCAUGAGUGGUGGGGCAAUUCCCGUCAGUACAUCUGUCGGAAGUAUCCAACGAGAGAAUCUGACGAUGACUAAUUUCUCGCGAUUUUGAGCUUCCGCCUCGUGGACACGGGACCAGCACGGGACCAAGUCCCACAGGACCAUAUAUUUGUGAAUUAUGUGACGCAAUGUAAAUAACCGAUCCUAGGACAUGUAAUUAUGAACUGUCGAUUAGAAUUCUACAUUCCUGUACAGAACACGAUAGCAAGAUAAUUUAUUGCUCAAAAAUGUUACGUGAGUCAUCUACGUUCGCGCGGAUUUCUAAUAAAUUGUUUAAUACCU